CUCCCGGGCCCGGUGGCCGCUCCCUGCCCGGCCCGGGGCGGGGGGACGGGCGGGACGGGCAGGACGGACCCCGGCUCCGCGGGCCCGGUGCGGCCGCGCUCGGAUUAUGAAGGAGCCAUGAGCCCGCUGCGGGGCUGGCUGCUCGCCGUGCUCCUCUCGGUCGCCCCGCGGGCAGGUCCCGCCACGCAGGCCGGCUCGCUGCAGCGGAGGCUCACCCGGGCCGGAUGGCAGGACGGGAGGGUCAUUUCCCAAAUCACCCACCCCAGCAGGCUGGUGGGGCACAGCUCGGGAGGAGAAGUCCAGAAGCAUCAGCUGGACACCAGGGUCAGGAAUGAGCCUGGAGGAGGAGGCCCUGGGCUGCAUCUGGCACGGGUGAGCUUCGUGGUGCAUGCCUUCGGCUCAGCCUUCACCCUUGACCUCCAGUUGAACCACCACCUCCUUGCCUCCCACUACGUGGAGCGGCACGUUGGUGUGGGCAGCAACGGCAGCCACAGCACGGGCGCAGGGGAGCACUGCUACUACCAGGGCCGGCUCCGGGGGCAGCCCCGCUCCUUUGCAGCUCUCUCCAGCUGCCAGGGCCUGAGUGGGGUCUUCUCGGACGGCCGAGCCACCUUCCUGAUCGAGCCCCAGGCGGGCGUCGAGCACAGGCAGGGCCUUCGACCGCACGUGGUCCAGCGCCUCCCCAACUGCUCCCAACCGGGCUGCCUCUUCCCUGUGUGGAACCAGCGCGUUGCAGGGGGGUUACCAAAGAUGCGGCGGCGGCGGCAGGUCCGCCGAGCCCAGCACACGGUUCACAGCGAGACCAAGUACAUCGAGCUGGCAGUGGUGAAUGACCAUCAGCUGUUCUUGCAGCUCCGCAAGUCCGUGGUUCUCACCAGCAACUUUGCCAAGUCCGUGGUCAACCUGGCUGACAUGAUCUACAAGGAGCAGCUCAACACCCGCAUCGUGCUGGUGGCCAUGGAGACGUGGGCCUCGGAGGACCGGAUCCGGAUGGGGGAAGACUCCUUGGAGACGCUGACCGAGUUUGUGAAGUACCGGCGCGAGGGGCCGGCGGAGCACAGCGACACCGUCCACCUCUUCUCGGGCCGGACGUUCCAGAGCAGCCGCAGCGGCACCGCUUUUGUGGGGGGCAUCUGCUCCCCGGCCCGUGCCGGGGGUGUCAAUGAGUACGGCAAUGUGGCGGCCAUGGCGGUGACGCUGGCGCAGACGCUGGGGCAGAAUGUGGGCAUGAUGUGGAACAAGCACCGCACGGCUGCAGGGGACUGCCGGUGUCCGGACUCGUGGCUGGGCUGUAUCAUGGAGGACACAGGGUACUACCUCCCGCGGAAGUUCUCCCGCUGCAGCAUCGAUGAGUACAACCAGUUCCUGCAGGACGGUGGCGGGAGCUGCCUCUUCAACAAGCCCCUGAAGCUCCUGGACCCCCCAGAGUGUGGCAAUGGCUUCGUGGAGGCAGGCGAGGAGUGUGACUGCGGCUCGCUGGCGGAGUGCGCCAAGAGCGGGGGGAACUGCUGCAAGAAGUGCACGCUGACCCACGAUGCCAUGUGCAGCGAUGGGCUCUGCUGCAAGGGCUGCAAGUACGAGCCACGUGGAGUGUCCUGCCGGGAGGCUGUGAAUGAGUGUGACAUCCCCGAGACCUGCACCGGGGACUCCAGCCAGUGUCCCCCCAACCUCCACAAGCUGGAUGGCUACUUCUGUGAGAACGAGCAGGGACGAUGCUAUGGAGGGCGCUGCAAAACCAGAGACCGGCAGUGCAACGCGCUGUGGGGCCGCGGCUCAGCCGAGCGCUUCUGCUACGAGAAGCUCAACGUGGAGGGGACCGAGAGGGGCAACUGCGGGCACGAGGGCCUGGGCUGGCUGCAGUGCAACAAGCAGGACGUCCUCUGCGGCUUCCUCCUCUGCGCCAACAUCUCGGGUGCUCCCCGGCUUGGGGAGCUCAGCGGCGAGAUCGCCACCACCACCUUCUUCCACCAAAACCGCUACGUGGACUGCAGGGGAGGCCACGUGCAGCUGGUGGAUGGCUCAGACCUCAGCUACGUGGAGGACGGGACGCCCUGCGGGCCCGGCAUGCUGUGUCUCGACCGCAAAUGCCUUCCAGCCACAGCCUUUAACUUCAGCUCCUGCCCCGGUAGUUGGGAUGGGAAGAUCUGCUACGACCACGGGGUCUGCAGCAAUGAGGGCAAGUGCAUCUGCCGGGCGGAGUGGACGGGGAAGGACUGCAGCGUCUACGACCCCAUCCCCGAGCCGAAGCCGACGGGGGAGACGGAGCGCUACAAGGGUCCCAGUGGCACCAAUAUCAUUAUCGGCUCCAUCGCGGGGGCCGUGCUGGUGGCUGCCAUCGUCCUAGGGGGGACAGGCUGGGGAUUUAAGAACAUCCGCCGAGGAAGGUACGACCCGGCGCAGCAGGGAGUGUAACCGUGCCCCCCCCUCGUCUCCUCCUCGUCACCGUCACUGUCACCGUCACCUGACGGUGUGGGAGCCCCCCCGGCCAGGCCCGUCUGUCCGUGUCGCUGUGUGUCCGGCCGUGCUGUCUCCAUCUCUGUGCCCCCCGCAGCUGAAAAGAGACAGGGGUUGAUGGAGGCGCUGGGGGGGGGACACUGGCAGCAGCCGCCCCCCCUCCCCUCCCCCCAGUUGCUGGCUCUUUUCAGCUCAGUGUUCCCCCAUGUGUCCCCCCCAUGUCACAGCCCCACACUAAACGCACCCCCACUUCUGUGUUGCAGGUCCGGGGGGGCCUGAGCAGAACGGCUCUGCCCUGCUCCCCCCCCCCCAGCGCCUCAUUAACAGCAAUUAAACGGGGAGCCCAAGGAGGAGAGCGGGGGGGGGACACCCAGGACCACCCCCCCGACCCCCACCGCACCACCACGAAUGUACUGGCCCCCCCCCGGGCUGGUGGCACCGGGAUGAAUGUACCUGCAGGGGCAACCGGGGGCCUCCCCCGCCCCACACUCCCCUCCUCUGCCCCCCAUCAGCAGCUUCCUGGGGCCAGUGCCCCCCAGUACCAGUGUACCGGGGCCUGGAAGUUGUGUCCCCCCGACCCCAGAUGUCAGGUCUGGGUCUAUGGGGGCCGGGACUGCACCCCCAGAUGUGCAAGUGUGUCCCCAUGUGGGGAUGGUCCCCCCACUGUCAUGGCUGCACCCACCCAGCCAUUGGACCCCAAUGUUCCCAGCGGCGGGGACGAGCACCCAUGGGUGCAAGGGUCUCCCUCUAUGGCAGGGACCCCCCUCCAUGUCCCCAGUUCAGGCAGGUGAACCCCAAACUGGUGGCACUGGGGCUGGAGGGAGGGUAGGUGACAGCAAAGGUGGGGAGCUGGAUUAUGGGGUGAGCCCCAGGCUGGUGGCACAUGGGGGUCCUCAGUGACCCCCUGGGAGGUGGGUGGGAUGUGUCACCCCAUCCCCAUGGCACACGUCACCCUGCAUGGGGUGGCUCUAUAGGGCCACCCAACCCACAGCACCACAGAGCACCAGGGGCCCACACUGGUCCCUUCAACCACUGGUGACACUCAGCACUGGGGGGGGACACCUCUGGUGACACUAAGUGUGUGUGUAUGUGUGGGGACACGCGUGGUUACACUCAGCAGGGGGAUAACGGGGACAACACCCCAUGCCCAUAGCAGUGGGGGUGUCCCCUCUGUGUCCUCCCUUGGCCAGUGUCCCUGCCUGUCACCGGGCCCUUUGCCACGAAGGCAGGGGGUGACCAAGGGUGUCCCCAAGCCCAGCCAUGGCCGAGGCACAUGGUGGCCGCAGUGCUGUGUGACAGCCCAGCUCAGCACCCAUGGGUGCCUUGGCUGUGGUGGCACCAGACACGAAACAGGAUGUUGGGAGGCGACAGUGGGACAAAAUAGCUGGAUGUGCCCAGGCUUGGCUUUGGUGGUGGCUCCUCAUGUGAUGGGCUGGGGGGACAUAGGGACAUGGGCACAGGGUGAGGGGAACUGAAGCAACCCCCAUCUCUAUCACCGUCACCACAGUGGCCCCACUAUCAUGGCCACAGCGCCAGGGUGGGCCCCGGGGCGAGGGGACGCCUCUAUUUCAGUUGUCACUGGGUUUGGGGACAUUAAUAUAUAUAUAUAUAAAAAUACGGGGUUUUUCUUAAUGAUUUUAAUGCUGUGAGGUGGAGCGGUGCCACCGCGGAGGCGCCAGCGGCUGGGACGGGGGGUUCACCCGGUGCUUCCAGAGCCAAGAGAGCAAAACACCCCCCUCAAGCCCCCCCAUUCCCGGCAGGGGCCACGCACAGUGGGGUGGUGACACCCCCCCACCCCAGCACCCACAUCCCAUCCCGAGCUCCUGCUUUGCACGUGCUGCGGAGCCGGAGCCGCCGCGUGUUCCUGGCGCGGUGCCCGGCUCCGGCCCCAGCAGCCUCCUGCGAUGCCACAACUUAUUUACAAUAAAGGUUUGGAAAAGGA